GGCUGCACAUACCGGCAACUGUACUUGCGCCUGGACGAAGCGCGCCUUACGUUUAACGCGGAUGCAUUUGAGGGCAUGGAGUACCUUUUCAAAAAUCACCUACUGGAGGACAAUUUUGAAGACCUAAUUGCAUACUUGGAUACGGCCCCAGGACUAAACCUGAUGCAGAGGUGUCGCUUCUUGCAGUCAAGGCCACAUCUACUAGAAAAUCUUGUUGGAUCCAAGGACUUCAAAAAACAUUUCCUUCCUAUCGCUUUACGAAGGCUGUUCUGCGAGUUUCCAGUCCCAUUGGCAGAGUCUGACGCAAUGGAUUUCGUUUCUCGUCUGGUUUCCAGGUUUUCUGUCCGAUAUGUGGAAUGCAACCCAGAACUUGGCCUCACAGAAGAUGAGGUCUAUCUGCUCUGCUUCUCCCUUAUCAUGCUGUCGGUGGACCUUUGGUGCCCUCAUGUUAAGAACAAAAUGUCCAAACGUGAGUUCAUCCGGAACACGCGACGUGUAGCCCGGAACGUUACGGAUGACUUUCUUGGACACCUAUAUGACAACGUCUACUUGAUCGGUCAUGUAGUACUUGGUCACCUUUCUGGACCACCCACUCGGCAGCAAGACAUUCGAAACCUUUUGUAGUAGAAACAACUACGUACCAGAAACACUUCAAACAUGUUUACUCCUGUACAAAUGCGUACUCAGUAUGUCUUAUCUCUUUUGAUCGUUCAUGUUCCAUCCUACUCUCUUCACCGCCUCACUGUGAUUUGUAAUUUCAGACACCUCACGUUUUUGAUAUUGAUUUCCCUUUUAUCGCUGAUUUGCAGAAGUGCAGCAAAAUGUAGACUGCUCUUGGUGGAGAGAUUGGUCUUACUGUUGGCUUCACUUCAGUGAAAGGCAGAUUCCUUGGACCAUCAAG